AGUUGUGAAUGGUGAUCGAUCGGCGAUAUAUUUCGACCACUUAAAUUGUGCAACCUUUUAACAUAUAUGUGCACAUCUAACGUCGUGGCAUAUAGACAAGCAGCGCGGGGGUAGAACAAUGCUGUAUGUCCCUGACAGUGUGGAUAGCAUAGCAGACUUUGGGACCGAUUCCACAACUUCUAUCACACCAUCACAGCAUGUCUACUACACGGACAACACACCAAAACGCCAGAGUCUGGAGAGUGAGACAUCCUUUGACAGUGGUUACUUCUCUCCACCGGCCACCGGACCCUCCAGUUACACCCACCUAAUGCAGCAACUGCCACAACCACAACCACAACCACAACCACCAUUGUACACUUCCAACCUUGUGCAGCAGAGUCCAUCCAAGAUUGCUAUGAUGGCGUCUGUGAUCGAUGACCUCACCUCCCCCAGACCUAACAGUCAUGACCUGCCUCUGCUGGAUGACUGGGACAAGAACUUCAUUGAAAACUUUGAAGAAAAUCUUUUCAGUAUAGAUACUGAUGUUGACAUUGGUUUGCUUGAAGGUCUUUUUAAGAGUCCCUUAAAGAGUCCCCUGAGGAUUCUGAGUCCAGGCAAAAGAGGUCUGACCUCCAGCACAAGUCCAUACAAAAUGGCGGUUUCAAGGAGUCCUUACAAGAGCCAUUUUAUUCCAAGUCCUCGUAAGAUGAGUGAUGUGCCACGGAAGAGGGUUGUGUCAGUGGAGAGUAGCAGACAUGGGUUUGACCCUACACGAAGACAGUUUGAUGGAGUAGGGUUUGUCCAGUCAGGAUCUCAUGGAGGUCAGCAUCAGGUCAUGUCAAAGGUCAUGCCAGCAGAAACCAUGACAACCAAUGUUCUGGGGGCAGGAGUUCUGUCAGCUUCAGAAAACAAACCAAGCAACACAUACAUUGGCAUCCCGCUGACAAACAUUGGUGGCCCCUCAGCACAAAAGCGUAUUAGAUUGGACUCAAAGUCUUGUACAAAUCCAAAACAAAUCCGAAAAACCAAAGAAAACAGUGCUCCUUGCGUUUCCCGCCAGAAACUGCAACAAGCCCGUGCCAAUUUUAGACUUUCGCUGGAGAAGGCCAUGGAGACAGCAGCAUCCAGGGGGCUGCAUCGUAAGUCCGACCAGUACCCACAGCUGUCUAGAGCUCUGUCCAAACCAAGCAGUGAUACAGCUCCUAGUCCCACCCAGGGGGUGUCCAGUGAUGGGAUGGAGAUUGCCAGCCCCACCUCAGAGGUCCCCAGCUCUGCCCAGGGCAACCCCUACCUUGAGGAAGAUGCUGAAAUCCCGAGUUCCUGGCUGGGAGGGAGCGGCACUGAGGUUGGCGCUUACGAAGUCGAGCCCCAGUCAGAGUGCAAAGUUGUAAUACGCAAGAGAAGAAGAUGAUCAGCUUAAUGUCGCUUGUGAAUAUUUUUGCUUUUGAUAGGCAAUCUCUUGUGAAAACAAUUAUUUUUGACUUUUCUGCAGCAUUUCUUAUUUGAUUAUAUACCUGAACUAAUAUUUGCAAAUUACAGAAUAUUUCCUUUGUUUUUCAAAUGCAUAACAAAGUAUUAAUUCAAUUUUCAUUGUAUAUGUUUGUUGAUCCAGAACACAUUGAAACAUACUUAAGGAUAUGUUGUAAGCAGCUGAUUGAAUUGCCUAGACAAUGGUUUACUUAAUUGUGCUUGUGUGUAUUGUACAUAUACAUACAUCUUGUUUUUGAGUCAUACCAGUAACCAUGGCGAUCCUGAUCAUCGAAUAAUGUUAGACACAGGGAAGGUUAUACUUGGAGGUCAUUUAUCAGAGGUUAUUGUCAAAAGAAAACACACCAAGAAAACACAUUUUUACAUGGUUAAGAGAACACUGACAAUGAUCAUGUUGAUUCUUUUAAGAUUAUUGACCAGACCAAGUUGUUGUUUUUCUGUCAUACAGGUCUGGAUUUGUAAGAUGCCUAGAAUCUGGAAACAGUGAUGCCGCAGUCAAUAGCUGCCAAAUUGUGGCGUGAAACAAUAGUCACUUAUUAAUAGGUUGACAUCACAUUGCAUGUUAUGUAACGACAACAUAGAUGUAUUCAAUUCACUAUAUUUUACAUAGAUAAAAAAUUAUAAUGAUAAUCCAUUUAUGGCUCCAGAUAUGCAUGAAGUAUACAGGUUCGUCAAAUGGUAAAGUAAUAUAGGAGAUUGUUUUGUGACAGAGUUGUCCCCCCUUUGACCAUGAAGGCGUCGGCUAACUGUACAGUUGAAAGUUGAUUGACAGCUCAGUAUCGUUCUGUUGUUUAUCUGUUAACAUUGACCAUGUAUGCUUAAAAGUAUUGGCAAAUUCUACAUAUCACUUUCAAUUUGAAAAUAAUUUGUGAAUAUUUUUCGUAAGGAGUUAAUGAUUUUGCUGAAAAGGAAGGCAGCAACCAUCAAAUAUCACAUCCUUCAAACCUUUAUGGACUUAACCAGUAUAAUUCCUAUCAAAAUCAUCCUGUUAACCAAAUGUGUUUAAUUGGUUAUCGCUAUGGAAUCUGUCAAGAGCUGUGACAUUAAUUACAUGUUUUGUUGACAUGGAGUGGGGGGAAGUUGCAUACAGAGAUUUUGAGGCAAUUGUCCAGGUAUGACAGCUGACCACACUAAUGGCUCCACCCCACCAACUCACUGCAACAGCUUCAAUACUCCCUUUCAGCACCAUCCCACUUUUUCAUAGGUCCACCCCACCCUUUUACAGAGCCACCCUUACCCUUCCUAACUCCACCCACCUUCAGCUCCACCCACCUCCCCCAGUUCCGCCCACUACCCGCAGCUCCGCCCACCAUCCUCAGUUCCACCCACAUCUCCGCUCACCACCCUCAGCUCCACUCACCACCCUCAGUUUUGCCCAUCACCCCCAGUUCCGCCCUCAGCCCACCGCACUCAGCUUCACUCAUCACCCUGCGUUCUGCCCACCACCCCCCACUUUCGCCCUCCAACCCCCAGCUCGGCCCACCACCCUCUGAGAUCUAGAUUAUCCUCUUCUAGAGGUCUACCCAAUAGGGCUGGCUAUCGACAAAUAUCAUAGAGAUCGAUUAUCGAUGAAUAUUGGAGAAGUAACUUUAUCCAAAAUAACAAACAUAAUUCUGGAAGAAAUGAAUAUAUAUCAGAACACUGUUGAGUGGAGACAUACAGUCAAAUCCCAAUGAGUCGAAUCGC